AUGGCGAUAGGCCCACCUGGUGGCGGUGGAGAAGAAGCUGAGGACCCAGAGCUAUGCCCUGUCGAGGAUCGUGGCAAAGACAUGGGGGAUGGGGCUAGCCAAAGCGCGAGAAGUGUACAAAAAGUGCAUCCGGUCGGCGCUGGCCUAUGGCGCAUCAUCGUUUCACAUCCCCCACGGAUGUGGGAGGCGAAGCCGGUAAAGAAAGGCAUCACUAAGGCCCUCGAGAAGGCCCAGAACAAGAGCUUGCGGAUUGUGGCGGGAGCCUUUAAGUCUACCCCCAUCCGUAACCUCGAGACAGAGACAUGGAUACCACCAUUAGACUUGUACCUAAACAAACGGCUUGCCGAUUUCGAAAACCGACUCCAACGACCCGAUCUGGACGACGGUCGAGGCGGCAAGAAGACGGCGGCGAGCGUUGUCCUCACCGCCUGCCGCAAGAUUCAGCAGAGACUCAGCUCGAGGAGGGGCAACAGGGGCCGACCGCGAACCUUUGGGACCUCAAGGGCCUACGGCGGUGGAGAGAGCCGCGGGCACGGUCAUGCGCUGGACGGGGGGAACCGUUGA